AUGGAGUUUGCGGGGAAAGUUAUUGUGUCGGCUGCUUUGGUGGUCACCCUGACUUUAAUAUACAGGUACUAUAAACUGAGAGCUGUCAAUGCCCGAAGUCGAGUUCUGGAAAAUCCAGGCAGUCAAGAGUUAUCAGAGUCCGGGGAAAAGAACAACAAAGAUCCAGAGCAAGAUAUCCAGCCUUUGUUGAGUUUGCAAAGAGUGAGUGAGGAGGGAAGUAUCGGUAACCAAACGAGGCACAUUAAUGUAAACCAGUGUUCCAAGAAACCUGACUUGAAAACCCGGUCAGUGGAUAAGACAGCUAAUGUUCGUGACAAGGAAACAGAGAAUCUCCAGGCCACAGAUGAGCUGAACAACGGAAGGGGGAUAGCCAAAAACAACUGGAAAAAGACAAAGGUCACACGACUCGGUUUAUCCAAGCCAGUGAGAAACCGCCUGGCCAUGAAAGGGGUGACAGAGCGUCAAUGUAAAGCUCCUGCUCUAAACACCGCGACAGCUUCAAUUAAUGGUGAGUGUGUUGUGAAAAACUUUCAAGCUGAGGAACGUGAUAAGCCGAAUCUCAACAAUAAAAGCUCUGAGUCAGCAAGGGCUGACAGAAAAAACAGUGAAAACAUUAGAAUAGUCGCAAAGCAGGGUUGCUCAAACAACACCAAUUCUCAAACACAUUUUGAGCAAGAAUUAGAUGUUUGUGACAACAGGGAAUCUCAGCUAGAUCAGAAUAAUUGUUCCUUUGAUGUUCCGAGUGCUGGCGACGGCACAUGCAAAAUAAGUCCGUCUGCAAAUUUUAUUGAGACUCCCCAAGAUCAUCUCAUUUCACCUGCUUCUGAUGCAAUUAAAUGCAUUCAGGAUAAACCUGUGGAAAAUCAGCCAACUGAACUCACAGAAAAUGAGAUGCUCAAGGGUCUUAUCAACAGGCAGUACACAGCAGGAAGUCCUGGAGAAUAUGAGAAUGUCUCCAGUGCCUAUAACAUAUACCCUGAAAUCAAAAUUCCAAGAUCUAGUACUCCAUCUGUUCAAUCUACAUAUCAAGUCAAACAAGAAAAGGCCAAAGCUGGCAAUGGAUCUGAAGGUGGGCUUAAUGUUUUACAGUUAUGUGUGGAAGUGAAUCUAUCUGAUCACAAGAUCAUUUCAACUUCAGAAAUGGCAUCUGAAGGGAAAGAAUAUAGGAACAGAAGUAACACUUGUUCUAUUACUCAAAUUACAAAAGAUCCAGCUUCUCUUGAUGUCGAUAACCUCAAAAUCCCAGCUUUCCAGUACCAGGCGAGAGACCAGCCAAACAUCUAUUGUUCCUUGGAUUCACAUCCGUGCAAUAUAGUGCCCUCUCAGAGCAUGACUGUCAAAACAAAAUUAGUUGACUCCCCUGAGUCUGACUCAAGUCCUCCUGACUAUCCAAAGACUUCCAACAUUUCUUCUGAGGCACCUUCUUGUUCAACCAAGUCUGCCAUCAAAACUAUAAUGGAGGAAAGAACAGUCCUCAGAAAAUACAGUAUUUCAGCAAUUGCAGACACCCCAGCAUUUUUAACUGACUUCCACUCAGAAACCAGGGAGUGCUCACGGGGAGGUCACUCUAGUGAACUGAACUCUAGAGCUCCUUCUGUUGAUGACCUUAGCUCCAGUUCUUUGGGCUCUCUGGUAGAUUCAUUGUAUUUGUCACAACCAGACCUCAGCAAGGAAACCCCAGUGGAAGUUGUUGCCAGAGCCAAUUUUAUUCAGAUCCCUUUGAACAAUCAAUCAACUGUUGAAAUCAUGAAGUGCCGCUUAGAUUUGGGGAAUUGUUAUGAGAUUCUAUGUGUUGCAAAGAAACACGAUUUAAAGGAUCUGCAAGAUGCUGCUUAUCAAGUCAUGAGUGAUAAUUACUUACAGGUAUUGAAGAAGCCGAACAUUUAUGGUCAACUUAAAGCAGAUGAGAGAGAACUGAUCCUGACGAGAAGGAUGUAUGGUAGAACAUACUUGAUGGUAGCUGAUGUGGAUGUUCAAGAGAAUGUCUGGGCUAGGACCACAGUUCAACCCAACACAGAGGGCCAAUCCACUGCCAGGCCACAGAAACCUUCUCAAACCAAUCACAAGCUUUAUUAUUACAAGGAAGAGAAUGAUUCUUGGUAUCCAUUAGUCAACAUGGCAGUUGAAUCAAUCUCCAAAGAUUGUGCAUUGUGCACCAUGUUUAAUUACCUUUUUGUUGUGGCUGGUUGUCAGGGCUCUGGCAAAGAAAUCAAAAUUUCCAAUAAAGUAUUCUGCUACAAUCCAGUUACUAACAUUUGGAGUGAGAUAAGUCCACUCAAUCAAGCCAGGCCCAACUGUAAGCUUGUAGCUUUGGAUGGGUAUCUCUAUGCAAUUGGAGGAGAGUGUCUUUCCACGGUAGAGAGAUAUGAUCCUAGAACAGACAAGUGGGUCUUCGCUGCACCCCUACCACAAGGAACCUUUACUAUAACGCACAAAGCUACUGUGUGCAAUGGGGAGAUUUACUUGACCAGGGGCACCUUCUACUAUCAGCUUCUCAAGUACAACGCCAGGGAGGAUACAUGGAAUGUUUGCACCAUGAUGAACAGGAAGGACAAGACCACCGAUAUAGCAGCAGUUAAAAACUUUAUCUACAGAUUUGAGAUUAACCAGCACUAUGAUGUCAGUGUGUACCGGUAUCACAUCAUCACCAAAAUUGGUGAAGAAUGUGCCACCAAAAGGCUCUGCAAGCUGGCACCAUUUCAAUGUGUUGUCAUGAAUAACACUAUUUAUUGCAUAAAUAAGCAAUUCCUGAUGCAAUUUGUAGCUCAUGAAGUAUCGCCUUAUUUUAGAGCAGAAGAUGGCACUACCCUUCCUGGAGCGAAGGGAAUCCUCUUUCCCUUUGUACUUACGCUGCCAGAAAGAGACUCAUUACAGACUCAAGUGUAAACACCUCAGGGGGCCUGGUGUUUAAAAUUUCUAUUGAAAAUCCUCACUUCAGAUGAAAAUAGUUUCUAAAACUGUUUGAUAUUCUUUGAUGUUGGUGUACUCAUAACAUAAUGUCUGAUUCUCUUUCUCUCCUCCUAUUCAAGGGAUGUUUGCCUCUAGGAAAGUCUCUAUCAGCCAUUUAGAUGAAACUAUUCUAGUUGUGGAUCUCUCUGCACUGCCUCUCAAAGCCCCUCAGUAAUUCACUAAUAGGGUGACUAGUUUUAACAAAGUGAAUAUGUCCCUAAUCUAUCCCAACCAUCCCUAGGAUUGAGCACAAUCUUAUGAAGAAAUCUAGGUGAACAGUCAAUGUUUACAAUGCUGGGCAUCACAUAUAGCUCAGUGGGCGAAAGGAAUGAAUAGCUAAGCGAUGUGUUCAAGGAAGGUUGAUCCUCCGUAGGGUUGCCAGCUUCAGUGGGACUAGCAUGUCCAAUCCUUUCAGCAGUAAUCACGAGUGAACACUGAAUGAAAUCUGGCUCAGCUGUGAUGCCUCUUCUGGUCAAAGAGCCCUUGGCUGCUGACUUUCCAUGCUUAGACAGCCAUGUUUUUUUCUAUUCAUUUGACAGG